UGUCAAUCAAAUGCUGAUUAGUUCAUAAUCAAAGAUAAUCUGUGUGAAUUUAGUUUUAAAAAAAUAAAUUUGACCACAAUGUAUCAAACCCAAUCCUAUUAAUUAAUGAUUAAUGGAGUCUCACGACCCGAAUCCUUCCACUCGCGCUACAUAUGGACGACCGCACGCCGUCCGCUCCGCCAUCCUCCCGCCGACGCUACCGUCGCCUCUUCGCCGCCGAUGACAAGGAUCCAAGAAUCUGGUUUCUUACCAUGAUUACCACGAGGAUAAAUGGAGUCCACUUCCAGAAGGCUGAUCUGUCAUGGCAACUGACUCUUCAAAUGUACGGGAGAACCUCGUUGGCAUUGAAAAAGGAAGGGACGCCAAAGAUGGGGACCUGGUCUACGAAGAAAAUGACAAUAGCAGGGAGAGUGGAGUUAGGAGCUGUGAGAACAUGGUUUUCCCCUCACUUCCCCUUGCUAUCAAAUGGUUGUGGGACGGUUUCAGAGCCGGCUUAUAGCCAAGGUGAUCAUACCGAAAUGAGGAAUGGGAAGCAAGAGAGGCCUGGUGGUGACAAUUGA